CUAGUAUGCGAUGGCAGCAGCGACAGCGACGCUGGAGGAGGAUCGUGCCCGGCCCCGCGAUAUAGCUAGCAAUAAUAGCGCCCAGCAGCGCACGCUGGCCACGAAGGUGCGUCGAAAAGGACGUGACAGGCGACCACUGCGGCGUCUUCAUCCGCCCAUACCGCUUAGCCAGCUGCUCUGGCUGCUGUGUUGCCUCAGCCAGCUGCGCGCCGAGUGCCCUUCGGUGUGCGAGUGCAAGUGGAAGAGCGGCAAGGAGUCCGUCUUGUGCCUUAACGCCAACCUAACACAUAUCCCUGAGCCGCUCGACGCGGGUACCCAGCUGCUGGACUUAAGUGGCAACGAUAUUCAGACUAUACCCGAUGACAGCUUCGCCUCGGCCCAGCUGCUCAAUCUGCAAAAAGUAUACCUGGCCAGGUGUAGGCUGCGGAUCAUUGAGCGUCAUGCGUUCCGCAAGCUCAUCAAUCUAGUGGAAUUGGACUUGAGCCACAAUCAGCUGUCGGCGAUACCUUCGCUGGCCCUUUAUCACGUGUCAGAGCUGCGCGAGCUACGACUCACUGGCAAUCCCAUAUCGCGUGUGCCGGACGACGCCUUUGGGCAUGUGCCGCAGCUGGUGCGCCUGGAGCUCAGCGACUGCCGCCUCUCCAGCGUGGCGGUGCGCGCCUUUGCCGGCCUCGAGAGCAGCCUGGAGUGGCUCAAGCUGGACGGAAACCGCCUGAGCGAGGUCAGAUCGGGCACAAUUACCUCGCUAGCCUCGCUACAUGGCUUGGAGCUGGCUCGCAAUGCCUGGAACUGCAGCUGUUCACUGCGACCGCUGCGGGCCUGGAUGCUCCAGCAAAAUAUACCCAGUGGCAUACCUCCCACAUGUGAGUCCCCAGCGCGUUUAGCUGGUCGCGCCUGGGACAAGCUGGAUGUGGAUGACUUUGCGUGUGUGCCACAAAUCGUUGCCACAGACACAACCGCCCAUGGCGUGGAGGGACGCAACGUGACGAUGAGCUGCUACGUGGAGGGCGUGCCCCAGCCGGCAGUGCGCUGGCUGCUCAAGAACCGCUUGAUUGCCAAUCUGAGUGCGGCCGGCGCGGGCGAGGAUGCCGAGGAGCCGCGCACAGCAGCCGCUACGCAGGGCCGUAAAACGUAUGUGGUUAACAUGCUGAGGAAUGCCUCCAAUCUGACGAUACUCACCGCGGACAUGCAGGAUGCGGGCAUCUACACCUGCGCCGCAGAGAACAAGGCCGGCAAGGUGGAGGCCAGCGUAACGCUAGCCGUGUCCCGCCGUCCCCCGGAGGCGCCUCUCGGCGUGCGCAUUGUGCUGCUGGGCGUGCUGGCAGCGCUGCUUUUUGUGGUGGGCUCCUCAUUUGCGGCCAUAUGCUUCUGCUCGCUGCGAAGGCGCCGCAAGCUGCGACUGUGGAACUCGGUGCCGCCAGUGCGACGCAGCGAGAGCUACGAGAAGAUUGAGAUGACGGCCAGGGUGCGACCGGAUUUGGGUGGUGGCGCCAGCUGUGGCGGUGGCAGUGCUACUGGCGCGGGCCUCUUUCAGGAUGCCGAGGAACAGAGCUAUCUGCGGGCUGCGCACACGCCACUUAACGACCACGAUGCGGGGCAGGCGGCCAUUGUGAAUCCGAGCGCUGGCAAUGGCACGCGACGCAACGGCGACUACCUGCAUGUGUCCACGCACUGCGACGACGACGAAGAGGACACCCAACAGUCACAGCAGGCACAGCCAUCGCAACCAUCGCAUCAGUCGCAGCCAAGAAAGGGCUCCAUGGCGAGCAAUGCUAUUUCCGCAUCCGCAGCGAAAAAUUCUGUUGCGGUGGCUGAGGAAACGGAUCUGCACAUACCGCGUCUGAUUGACAUCGGCGGCACUGACUCAGCUUCUAGUUCUAUAUCCAGUAAGGUGGAUGCCGCUGCUCGACUCGCUGGCUAUGCAGGACACGCUGCCAGCUGGAAGACAACGCCAAUAGCAACCACGAAGAUCACAUCGCCGCACAGCAAAUCGACGGCAACAACUCAGGCCACAAGCACGCCCUGCUCGGCCACGCCCUAUAGCCACUAUGGCAAUCACACGGCGGACGAGAUGGCCACCUCGGUAUUCUGCAGCAGCAAUGGCGACGGCCAGGAGAGCGAUCUGUUCGACAGCAACUAUCCAGAUCUACUGGACAUUGCCAAGUACGCUGUGGCGCAGGCGGCACAAUCGGGCCACACCUAUGCGCCAGCUGGAGCGGCCCCAACCAACGGCGGCCUCUGCACCCUGCCCCGGAAGCUUAAGCAUAGUGGAAAGUAUUUCCGCAACUCAUCGGACAGCCAGUCGCCACUGCUGGCGGAUAACUCGAGCAAGUACGGCAGCAGCACGCUGGGAGACGGCAGCUUCCUGAACGAGGCCAUGGGCCUGGGCAGGCGCUACUCGGCCGAGUCAAGCUACGCGAACUACGCAAGCACCACAACCUACACGGGUGGUGGCCAGCGUGCCAAUAGCUUCUUGAACCUGGUGCACAGUGGUGGCCACAAAGGUGCCAUGCAUGGGCACCAUUUGGGCCAGAAGCCCAGCCUGCCUUCGUCGCCUGUGCAGCACCAACGCUCACUAAGCAGCGCGGCGACGCCGCUGCUUGACUUCUCGGCGCUGGCGACGCGAGCUUCAGGCGCGGCUAACUCCUCGGUGGCUGCCUACGACUAUCAUGCGGCGCAGCUGGAGCGUUUCUUGGAGGAGUAUCGCAAUCUGCAGGAUCAGCUGUGCAAAAUGAAGGAGACCUGCGACACUAUACGGAAGAAGGAGACGCCACUUCGCGGCGCCAUUGGGCAGUCGGCUGCCCAGCUGGCGGACCCUGUAAUGUACAGCGCGGCGACUGCCUCGCACAGUCCGAAGCCGCCAACAACGACGCUGAAGGCGAAAACAUUGCUGCCCGGCCAACCCCCCGAUCCCCCGCCCUAUUGGCUGCACCGUAACGCCAUGCUGAAGCGCUUGAAUCCGGAUGCCAAUGGCACGGGCAAUGGGCCCACAAGCGCCGCCUCGCCACAACCUGGUCAGGAUAUCUUCAAGAGCUAAUCGAACUUGUGUACAGCCAAGGAAUAAACCAGAAACCAGAAAAACCUUCGGUGCACCGAAGCCUACAUACCCUUGCAGAAGUACCCUCAAAGUUUAACCAUUUGGUUUCCAAUAAAACCUAUUCAUCAUUUUUUUGUUUUUUUAUAUAUGUGAUCUUCGGCUUGUUUCAAAGAACUUGCUUUAGAAAAUUUUAAGGAUGUCUGCUGAGUUGUUUUUCGAAACUUCAGUUUUCGAAGGGUUUGCCCUAUUGAAAGCAAAAUUUGAUUUAUUUUCUAAUAGUAGCCACAGCUUUUCAGAUUAAAAACAUUUUCGAUUUUCUUAUUUUAAUGAACUCUUAGAAUUAAACUCUUAAAGUAACCGAAAAAAAUGUUUGAGCAAUGUUUUAUGGGGAAGAGAGACUCAAACUCAACUUGAUAUACAUAUGUGAUGCCAGUUUGACAAGUUAUUGUUAACACUUUAUUCGUAUAAGCUUUUGUUUUCCAAAUGAUUUGGAUUUUUCAUAGUUCUGCAAGGUAAUGUCUCUCAAUAUGAAAUUUCUCUUAAUUAGGCUUAGGUAGAUGGGGCUGUUAACUGGUUAUAACGCCAGCCCCUCUAUUGUAUUAUAGAACACACACUUUUCCACUCUUUCUACUCGCUACGCAUAUUCAACAGUCACAUCGUAAGUGUAUAGACAAAAGCCCCUAUUUGAAAAUCCUAACCUGAUUGAUAAUUCCAAGACCCAAAGCUCUCGUGUUAGUCAAACUAAAAGUGUUUUUGUACUUUAAGCGAUCUCAUUAAAAACAAAAGAAGUAAUAAUAAUAAUAAAUUAAUUAAAUACAAUAUGUAUUUUCUAAGUGGAAUUGAGUUGGCACUGACUGCAGGCAUUGAUUGAUUGAUUGAUUGAUUGAUGUAUUGUUUGAUUGUUAGACAUUUUAUUAGAGUUUUAAUGAGUUUUUAUGAUAAAUCAAAUCAAAGUUGGAAAUGUGGGCGUAUUUAAGAACGCCAACUCAAUUCAAACGAAAAAAUUGUAAUUAACAAUAAUAACAGCAACAAGAACAAUUUA